UUUAUCUCAAUUGACAUCUACGCCAAUAUCGCUGCUCCUCUAGAUAAGCACAGUCAUCAUUAGACUCAUUCAUCAUGACACAAAGCGGUACACUCAUCUUAUCUGAGGCUCUUUCAGCUCUGCCCCCAGUACCAUCCUCGCAUCAACAACUCCGAACUCAAACACGCUCCACCAUUCAAAACCCCUCCUCACCAGCUCCCCUACUAGUUAUCCUUGAUGAUGACCCAACAGGAACACAAACAUGCCACGAUAUCACCAUCCUAACAGUCUGGGACGUCCAAAACCUAGUCUCAACAUUCAAGCAAGUCGGGACAGGCAAUGGUUUCUUCAUCCUUACCAAUUCACGCGCCCUUCAUCCCCAACAAGCUCGUGAGCUCAUGAUUGAGAUCUGCACCAAUCUAAAGACAGCUUCUCAGGAGACAAACCUUCCUUAUGAGAUCGUGCUACGCGGUGAUUCCAUCUUGAGAGGUCACUUUCCUCUUGAGCCUGAGGCAGUGGAGCAUGUGAACGGAGCGUUUGAUGCGUGGAUCUUGUGUCCGUUCUUCCUUCAGGGCGGGAGAUAUACUAUUAACGAUAUUCACUAUGUUCAUGAGGGUGAUAAGCUUAUCCCUGCAGCUGACACGCCUUUUGCAAAGGAUGCGACGUUUGGAUACAAGAGUUCUAAUCUAAGAGAUUACGUCGUGGAGAAGUCCAAGGGAAAUAUCACGCCCGAGAACAUUGAUUCAAUCGACCUUGAGACUAUCCGAGUUGGCGGGCCAGAUGCAGUUCUGAAGAAGAUCAUGCAGCUCCCAAAGAGAAGCGAAACUCCUGUUGUGCUGGUCAUCAACGCGGCUGCAGACGAAGACAUUGAUGUUGUGGUUACCGCUCUUCUACAGGCGUCGCAGCAAGGGAAGAAGUUCUUGUACCGAACAGGCGCUGCUUUUGUAUCAGCACGUCUAGGCAUUUCAUCUAUCCCGCCUCUUUCAGCUGGACAACUCGGCUUAUCUAAAAGCGUCGGUGGUCUCAUCAUCGCCGGUUCAUAUGUACCCAAGACGACCGCGCAAUUGGACUCUCUGGUUCAGAAGUCGGGCAACAAUCUGACCACUAUCACGCUCAAUGUAAAAGCACUCCUCAAGUCUGACGAGGCAGCGAAAGAGGAUGUCGCAAAAGCAAUUGAGCUUGCGUCACAGCAUAUCAAGAACGGGCAGGAUGUUCUAGUCAUGACAAGUCGGGAGCUCAUCGUCGGAAAAGACGAGGUUGAGAGUCUGGAUAUUGGCUCAAAGAUUGCACUGGCUCUGGUGUCGUUCCUGCAGGGACUAGAGCAGAAGCCUCGUUACAUUAUCGCCAAGGGCGGAAUUACAUCUUCGGACAUGGCGACAAAGGGAUUGAGGAUGAAGCGUGCUCUUAUUGUUGGCCAAGCUGCACCUGGGGUUCCGAUGUGGAGGUGCGAUGAGCCAGAGUCGAAGUGGCCGGGGUUGAACUAUGUUGUUUUCCCCGGAAACGUUGGGCAUAAUGAUAGUUUGUAUGAGGUUGUGAGGCAGUGGAGGGAGUUUGAGUAGUAUAUCUAUCACUAAAUAAGCACAGUAUAUAACUAGAAUGCCCUG